AAGAAGAAGAAGAAGAAGAAGAAGUAGAAGGGUAUUGUCUGCUAGUUAGUACUGGUAUGUAGUUCCGUGAGUCCGUCCACAUGGUGUUGAACCGCUUGUUUCGUUGGGCGUGGCUGUGGGCUAAAACGGACGGCGCUCACAGCGAAGUUUGGAGAGUCGAGACACAGCGUUCUAGGUCUCAGAGAUACAUGAGCAUUGAGCACCGCUCCUCCCUGGACCGGGACCCCCCCAAAGUUCAAACCCCCCUCCCCCCCCUCCCAACCCAAGCGUGCUUCUGCUGCUCUUCUACUGCACUCGGUAAAACCGCUCGCCCGCCGCUACGCCGCUUCCUGACAACUCGAUCCGGCCCGGGGGCAGAUACGGAGUGGAUGGACGAGACUGACAUCCUCUAGUAUUUCCAAAUUCUGGGGAGCGGGGACGAUACUAAAGGACGGCUCCCCUUCUUCUUCCCCACCUUUGUUUGCUCUCCCCCUCCCGCCUCGCACUCCGCUGUUCCUGCUGUCAACGCUUCAUCUACAAAGUCCUGCGGGCUCAGGCAUCGUCAACCAAUCAACCCCUAACCACCACCACUAUCAUCACCGCCACCACAACCACCACCACCACCACCACCACCACCACCACCACCACCACAAUUACCUCCACCACCACCACCUCCACCUCCACCACUACCCACGAUCCACUCCAAGCCGGA